UACCGGAAGACCAGCUCGUCUCCAUUCUUGAGAAAUGGACGUUCUCAUUCCUACACUAAAUUAGCAACAAAUCUGGACGUGUAAAGUGGGGUGUUUCGAUUUCAUUAACGUUCAAGUUACGAACUGUGGAGUUACGUUUAAGUGACUCUAAUCUUCAUUAGGUCUUAGAUCAGUUGUUACCUGACUAGCUAACCUUAAGUUAACUACCGGGCAGCCCACUAGUGUGUUAGCCGGCGAGCCAUCGCUCAUUCAACACUGUCCGGUAGGGUCUGUGGAUGGGGAAAAAUAGCACCUGAUAUCUGAAGAAAACUAAUUUUAAAUCCUUUGGGUCGCCCCGUGCCCGUCACAUGCCCGAACCAGGCCCCAGGAUGAAUGGCUUUUCUCUUGGUGAACUGUGCUGGCUCUUCUGCUGUCCGCCCUGCCCCAGUCGCAUCGCGGCCAAGCUAGCUUUCCUCCCACCGGAGCCCACGUACUCCAUGCACACUGAUGCUAAUGGGGUAACUAGCUUACAUUUAAGUGAACGGGCGGACUGGCAGUACUCUCAACGAGAGCUCGAUGCAGUGGAAGUGUUCAGCACAAGGAGCAGCCGGGGUAACCAGGUCGGCUGUAUGUUUGUGCGUUGCGCCCCGAACAGUCGCUACACGCUGCUGUUCUCCCACGGUAACGCCGUGGACCUGGGCCAGAUGUGCAGCUUUUACAUCGGCCUGGGCUCCAGGAUCAACUGCAACGUGUUUUCCUACGACUACUCGGGCUACGGAGCCAGCACCGGCAAGCCGUCCGAGAAGAACCUGUAUGCGGACAUCGAGGCGGCCUGGCAGGUCCUGAGGAACAAGUACGGCGUCACACCUGAGAACACCAUCCUUUAUGGUCAGAGCAUCGGCACCGUGCCCACCAUCGACCUGGCUGCUCGCCACGAAUGUGCUGCUGUCAUCCUCCACUCACCACUCAUGUCCGGCCUUCGAGUGGCCUUCCCUGACACGCGCAAGACUUACUGCUUUGAUGCCUUCCCCAGCAUUGACAAGGUUUCCAAGGUGGCGUCCCCUGUACUGGUGAUCCACGGUACGGAAGACGAGGUGAUCGACUUCUCUCACGGCCUGGCCAUGUACGAGCGAUGCCCCCGCGCCGUUGAGCCACUGUGGGUGGAGGGAGCAGGCCACAACGACAUUGAGCUUUACGCCCAGUACCUGGAGAGACUGAAGCAGUUCAUCUCCUUUGAGCUCCCCAGCUCCUGAGGGGGAGCAGCACUCGGGCCUGGGUUCAUCUUACCACACUGAAGAAGCCGCUUCCUUCCCAUCCCUCACCUCCUUCUCUCAGCAUAGGGGCAGGUACUGAGCUGAUCACUUGGUUCUCCCCUGAUCUCUGCGCCAUUUCUGGGUAGGAAUGUGCAGUAGACUGGAAGAGGUCCAUGAGAGUCUGUGUAGUACUGACUGCUGCUCAAACAUGUGGCCACGCGUCAAUGAUCCCAGGCCGAGCCCAUGUUUGCAACUCCUGGUCUCUUUCCGUUCCUCUACUUACUCCAUCAUGUUCUUUGUUCCCCCCAGCGUCGCGUUUCACUGAGUCGUUACAGUGUUCAACUUGAUUUUUUAAUUCUUUUAUACCAGAUGAUGAUGAUUUAAUUUUGCACCUUGAAAUACGAAUUAAGUUUUAUACUUUGUAUUUUUUAUUUACUAUUCAGGGUUUUACCGAACAAUUGCACUUUUAUUGUGCAGAUAUAUCCAGGUAAUUUUGUCUUCGGAAUGUUAUUGUUAAUACUUAUUUUUGUUUAUUUAUCUGCAUUCCAGGUAAAACUUUUUUCAGUUGCCUGUGUUUUAAAAAAAGAGUGCACAGCUGCACGUCUGGCCUUUCUUGUGGCCUUGUGGUCCUGUAGUCCUUAAGCAUGCUUCUCUCUCAUACAGGAAGACAAGAACACCAAGCCUCAUUGAGAAAAACCCCAUUUAAAACCCCUCCAUCAUUGGCACCCAAACAAAAACAUUAUUGAAGUCCUUAAAUACUUUAGAGGCCUGGAGCAGUCGGCAUUUCAACCCAGAGGCUGCAGUAAAGUACAACAGGUCUUUGAAGUUGCAGAAUAUGCACACUGUGACAUUUCAGCACCUGGUAAAGCCAUCUAUGAAUAAGUAAUAUCACUACAUGACCCACAGUCUAAUUCCAUGUACGAAUCAAAUCCUCAGCUUUCCUCAGUAAGAGAGAGCAGCAGGUGUUGGGGCUGUACUCUAGUAAACUCAUACGAUGGGACAAACCGAAACGCCCUCGGCUCGGUGCUGGAGACGGUUCCAUGCCGUUGUAACUCCUUUGACACUACAAAUAAAGCCUUAUGUCCAUACACAUUUCACCGACUGCAGGUCUUUGUGGACUUUGGUGGAGCUGAUUACUGCUGCUACUCAUCAGAUAAAUCAGUCAGUGAACACUGUGAAAGGCGGCAGUUACGGAUCCUGACCGCUGUCCUCUCCUUAGUCAGCCUGCAGGAGGAGAGGCUCCAAAGACCUGUGAAAGAAUUACAGUGGCUGCGCACAUUUAAACUUGUAUCCAUUCAUUUGUCGAUCUAACCUGUGACAAGUGAAACCUAAAAAGUUAAUCAUUAACAAAACAGACCUUGUGAAGUGAAUAUGAUCUGUGUUCGAGGAUCUUAAGAUUUGCCUAGUGAUUAGUGAUGAUCACGUGAUCAAUUGUGUAUUGCUGUGAAGAGGUUUGUCCGUUAAAAAUUCAGUGUCUUGUCAUUCUAACUAAUGUUGGGCUGUUUUUUUGCUGUUAAAGAGCCCCAUCUCCAGUAUAUUUCUUCAAGCUCUUUUUUAGAGAAAUGAAGAUUCUGCUUUUAUGCCGAUUAUUAUUUUCAUACUGACAUUUUUAUGAGGUUUUCCAGUCUAAAUGUUAGAUUUACACGGUUUCUGAAGCUAGUUUGUAUAAUAAGCCUCUGUAAUGGUAUAUUUAAUUAUCUUCUCUAUAGAUAUUAGCCCUCACAAAGGGGGGGUUGAGUAUCAUUGCUUUAACACUUGAAUCCCAUUAUGCACAUGAAGGGCAGACAAAGCCACUAGAGUCUGAUUUUGGUAAUGUGUAAAACUUGAUAUAAGCCUUAAAAAGUGCCGAGAAAGUGAUUCAUUUGGUAGUUGAAAGAAGGCAGCAAAAUGAAUGUUGUUAUGCUCAAAAUGGAAUAAAGGAUGCAUGAAACCUGA